GCGGCGUUAUAAACAUUGCAAGCCGCGCAUCCCUCUGCAAACAGCGGAUUACUCCGUGAAGGCUGGACCUCUGUGCGGGUAUCAUCACUGCUAAGGUGAUGAGUGGGAUUAUAUCAUGUCUGAAGUACAGGGAACAUUGGAGUUUUCUGUAGAGUUGCACAAGUUUCACAACGUGGAUCUCUUUCAACGGGGGUUCUACCAGAUACGAGCAGGACUGAAGGUCUCACCUCGAGUGCCCCACAGGUUGAUAGCGACAACGCAAGACAAUACAGGAGAAUGCAGCUUCAGCUCCGCGGGGGUUUACGACGGCACCGUGUUCAGCCGGAUAUUUCAGAUCCUUUACAGGAACGAGGAGAUUACAGUGAACGACUGUAUGAUCUUCAAAGUCCACCUGCUGUUAGACGGAGAACGGGUGGAGGAAGCCUUGAGCGAGGUGGACUUUCAGUUGAAACUGGAUCUUCACUUCACAGAAAAUGAGCAACAGCUGGCAGAGAUAGCGACCGUGCCGCUGAUCAGCAGUCGGACCCUCUGUCUCCACUUCCACCCGCGGAGAGGCCUCCACCACCACGUCCCCGUCAUGUUCGACUACUUCCACCUGUCUGUCAUUUCCGUCUCCAUACAUGCUUCACUGGUUGCCUUACAUCAGCCGCUAAUCAGCUUUGCACGUACAGGGAAGGGCUCCUGGCUGGGGAAGGGCUCGCCGGAGAGUCCGAGCGACCCAUCUGUCAUGUCCGUGGAGAACCUUGUGUUCGGAGCGGGCUACUGCAAGCCUGUCCUCUCUGAGGGGAGCUUCUAUGUGGCCAGUGAGAACUGCCUGCAGAGAGCCCACACGUGGCACCGGAGGCUCUGCCGCCUCCUGCUGGUGGCUCACAGAGGCCUGCACUCCUACCACUCCGCACUGAGGAAGGAGAUCCCGCAGCUGCAGCAGGCGCCUCUGGACUCAGAGGAGCUUCCUGUAGAAGAAACUCUGAGUCAGCUCACACAGGAGUUACAGCUGCAGGAAGUCCACGAUGGGGUGGCGGAGCAGAUCAGCAGGGAUGUGAGCCAGCUCUGCGCCCAGCUGGCAGCCCUGUGGAGCCGCUUCCUGCAGGCGGCCGUGCUCAACCCCAACAUCCUGUCCUAUCUGGCCCAGGAGCAUCACACACUCAGGGUCAGGAGAUUCUCUGAGGCGUACUUCUUCACAGAACACCCCAAAGAAAUAGCUCUGACUUUCCAAGAGGAACUAAUCAAUAGGCAUGGCCAGAUAGCUGCAGAAGUGCGGAGCUCGGACUACCUGACCAAGAUGCCUCCCUUACCUGUCGAGUGCCUGGACAUCGAUGGAGACUGGAACAGCCUGCCCAUCAUCUUUGAGGACCGGUACGUGGCGUCUCCGCAAACAGAGUGGGAAUCACAUGUGCCAACCGCUGACGGGAAGACCAACCCGGGUCUCAAUGGGAUUUUUGAAAGCAGGCAGGAAGACCGAUCACCACCAGCCAUACCGAACGAUCCAUUGGACGGUGAUGACUGCAUGGACCUGCCCACGUAUGUCUCACUCAUGGCAGAGCAGAGUAAGACUUCAAUCAGAAGUACCCAGAACAUCCUCCUAACUAAAGACAAUGCUGAACCCUCUCUACUAGAGGCAGAACUCUUGAAGCAACCAGAGGAAACACAAGACCAAGUUUGUGAUGAGGAUCUGUGUAGAAGAGAAGCAGUCCUCUCCUCGAACCACGACCCCCACAUUGACACCAAGUCUCCUCCUCAUCAGGUACCAGAAGAUGCCGAUGCAACCAAUGACAGCAACGCAAGACAGAGUGAAAACACAGAAGAGGAGUCUGACAUUGCCAUGCCAUUAAACCACUCCAUCGACGAUGAGAGUGAAGAUGUUCCUCCUGGCAGUGUACCGCCUGCCUACGCACACCCGGUUAUACCGACCUUUCUGGGCGAUCUCAGAAAAGAGAUGACUCACCGCGGAGGCCUGAUGGGUUCCAAGAUCAUGAAGCGCUCGUCCUCGGUUAUUUCUGACUCAGGUAUAGAGAGCGAGCCCAGCUCUGUGGCCUGGCCCCUCGAGGCAGCGCUGAGAGGCCGACCUCCUCUCGACUUCUCCAGCGAGAGGGAGAUCCCACGACAAACAGUGUGUCGCCACCGGGUCCACCGAAGCUCCCUGGAAGGCCUCCAAAUGGAGAGCAACGGAAGCGGAGGUAUACAAGCCUCCCUGACCUCUAUUAGCUCCUUGCCCUACGAGGAGGACCAGCAUCAGAGGCAGCUCAGCAAACUCACCAAGUCUGUCUCGGCGCCGCAGAUUAGCAGCCCUGAAGACACCGAGGAGGACCGCAUGCUCAACCAGGAAACAGAUACUAAGAGCUUAGUGCAACAUUCAUUGAAUAUCAACUGCUCUUCUUUGAACAGCAACCUGGAUUCAGUUCAAACAGAAUCAUCUCUAUUAGAUCCGAGUUCAGCGACAAAUCUUAUCCUGGAGGAGAGUAUUAGCUCUGAAAGCUCUCCUCGGUACCUGCCAGAGACGUGCAUAGCCGAGUCCGUGUUAAGUGGUGUGUCUGAAGGGCAGAUUUUACAAGAGUCUGUCGAGGGCCCUCAUGUGAAGGAAAGCGCUGUUAUUGGCAGCCGGGGGGAGAAUAAGAACCAUCAAACACACAUCAGUGGAGUAAGUGCCACAGUGGAGGAUGUGCAUCUCGCUGAAACGGAAGCAGUGCCCUGCAGCUGUGGAAACAGACCAUGUGUGCAUAAAAGUGCAGCAGCUCAGGAGAGAAUUAACUCUGAGGAUGAGUGGCAAAGUUUCCACCAGAGCCAAGUGAUUCAUGUUCAGGACCAGGACUGUCUCGAUCCUUUAGGGCUUCGACAAACCAAAAACCUCCCCAGAAACAUUGCUCAGAGGCCCAGUGACCUUUCAGGGUUGAUAGCCAAUGAUAUCGCGUCACCUGUUGACCUUAAUGGGAUGUCAACCAGUAACAAAGAGCCUUUAGAGUCCCAGACGAAGCCGGCUAAGAUCCCCAACUCAGGGCUGGCCUUCGUGAAUAAGAAGAUGGUGGAGGUGGUGAACAUGUCGGUGUCCUGUGCCCCCACCUGCCUGCCAUUUUCAUCUGCUCUGAGGGACUCUCCUUCCAUCAACGGGAUGUCCGCUCGCCAGGCCACCUCGCCGAUCACCAAUCAGCCCCUGGGCUCUUUUGGCAUCAUCUCGUCGUACUCGCUCAAUCCCCUGAACAUGGACGACGAGACCAAUGAACGGAUGCUGAAUUUCUACAAAGCCAAAGAGGAUCUGCUCAAAGAGUUGAGCUUCCAGGCCACUUUGUACAGCGACCUUCCUCUCCUGGCAUCAGACCUGCCCUACUUCCCCCCCGAGGAGGACGACGAGGAGUUUGAAGACGGCAUUCACCUUGUGGUGUGUGUCCACGGACUUGAUGGAAACAGCGCAGACCUCCGGCUGGUGAAGACUUUCAUUGAGCUGGGUUUGCCAGGAUCCAGGCUGGACUUCCUCAUGUCUGAGAGGAACCAGAUUGACACAUUUGCAGAUUUCGACACCAUGACGGACAGGUUGCUGGAUGAGAUCAUUCAGCACAUCCAGCUGUACAACCUCACCAUCGGCAGGAUCAGCUUCAUUGGCCACUCUCUGGGGAACGUGAUCAUCCGAUCGGUGCUGACGCGGCCUCGCUUCCGCUGCUAUCUGCCCAAACUGCACACUUUCCUCUCGCUUUCGGGCCCACACUUGGGAACGUUGUACAACAGCAGCACUUUGGUCAGCACAGGUCUGUGGUUAAUGCAGAAGCUGAAGAAAUCAGGAUCCUUGCUGCAGCUCACCUUCAGAGACCACGUCGAUCCACGGAAAACAUUCCUCUAUCUCCUCAGUCAGAAACCAGGGCUCCAGUUCUUCAAGAACGUGGUGUUGGUGGCCUCUCCACAGGACCGAUAUGUUCCUUUCCACUCGGCCAGAAUAGAGAUGUGCAAAACGGCUCUUAAGGACAGGACCACAGGGCCCGUGUACACUGAGAUGAUCAACAACCUCCUGCAGCCCCUCGUGGAGGCCAAAGAGUGCCGGCUGAUCCGACAGAACGUUUUCCACGCUCUUCCCAACACCGCCAACACCCUGAUCGGCCGCGCCGCGCACAUCGCGGUCCUGGACUCUGAGCUUUUCCUGGAGAAGUUCUUCCUAGUGGCGGGGCUCAACUACUUCAAGUAAAAAAGGUGCUACACUGCAGGACAACGGGACAGUAUACGUGUUGGUGACCCUUCACGUUGUACAAUGUGUAUAUAAAACCCACGGUAUCAAAGAAACAAAGCGUGUAAAUAUAAUUUGUUGAGAUUGUUAGCAGCUGUUUAAAGAAACAUCAGUGUGUCGUGACUGUUGAGAACUCCAAAGUCUGCGUUUGACGUGUAGCCAUGCAUAACAAACAUCUAUAAUUGUGGAUGUUUUAAUGGCCUUAUUAAUAACCAGAGUCAGCAAGAACACAAACAUAUGCUAAUUAUUGUCAAAAGCAUUUAACUUCUUUCCCUUUAGAGAUGGUUUGAAACCUUAAUUAUGGCUGGUUGAUAGGAUUAUUUCCUAAAGGGUUGAUGGUUUUAAAACUAUCCUUAGACUCGAGGCAAUAGAUGAGCAGCAUUUACCCCCUUGAUUGUACAUGAAGUAUUUUGUUGUACAAAACAUAUAUGUUCCUUUCUACAGAAAUUAAUAUAUUGCUUUAAAUUAUUUAUUUUUUAUCUGCUUGAGCGUCUACAUUGUAAGUAGUCCUUCUAAAUGUGAUCCUUUGUGUGUUGUCGUCGUUAAUCUGUACAAUUAAAGCAUACAACAGACGCGGAAGGGUUACCCUAAUAAUGAAGUAAAGUGGAUAUCUACUUUUUAAACAUUUCAUACAAUUUAACUCGAUAUCUAUAAAUGUAAGGCUUCAGCAUAGGAGAGCAAUAGAGCAUCUUUUUGUUGGGUUAAUCCGCUGCAUUAGCCUUUAUUUUUCUAAUGUAUUCUUUGCACUAAUUGAUUGCUGGAUUAUUUGUUGCUAUCAUUUGCCAAGAACGGCUCCCCUCAGUUAUUGUUUUGUGUUUCUCAAGCUUUACAGUAUUGUUUUUAUACGCAUCUUCCUGCUUCCCUUGAAAGUCAAAGUAUGUGGCCAAAAAAAAAAGGUUUAAGAUACAUUUUUUCAACCUUCGUUUUGCAGCUAUAGGCACCUCCAAUUAAAAGGCUGUGAGGGACUAAAUACAGGACGAUAAACAGGUUGACACGCUCAAACAAUUGCUACACUCCUUCCAUUUCGUUUGACCAUUUAUAGUAGAUAAUACAAUAUAUCCGAGUGCUUUUAAUCACUGAUGGUUACGAAUAUUGCGGUGGAGAAAAGUUUCAGGAUUUCUGUCAACAGUAGGCCUAAGUUUCAACUCCCGAACUCCACCCAUCUCUUUCCAUACAAAACCACACUGAGCAGGUUGGUGCAGCCAGGUUUACAACCACUAUCUCCACCCCAAACUCCAGUGCACGCCCACCACCAAUAAUACACAAUAAAUAGAAACACUUAAACCCCAAAUCUGGCUCCUACAACUAUUACUAGCAUGACUUCAAAGUCACCGUUUGCUAAAGGCUAACUGUUAUUUUAGUGUUUCCAUCAUGCCAUAGCUUCAACAGAUGUAUUUGUUCAAACAUAAACCUAUUGGGCUGUUUGGCUUCAAUACGGUAUCCUUUUUUAUUGUUUGGUUGCUGUGUUAGCAUUUCUGCAUAGUUAGCUGGGCUUGCUAACAUUUUAAGCCUGGGAAUGAAUGAUUGACCACUGUUGGUUAGCAUGUCUGCUUAGUUAGCUGGACAUGCUAACUUACGAAGCCAUGGAAUUAAUGAUUGAUUACUCUUAGUUGGUAUGCCCGGUUAGUUAGCUGGACAGGCUUACGUUUGAAGCCUGGGAGAUAAUGAUUGGUUAGUCUUCGUUAGCAUGUUUGCUUAGUUAGCCGACCAUGCUAACAUUCGACACCUGGGAAUUAAAGGUUGGUUAAUUCUUAGUGAGCAUGCCCAGUUAGCCGUACAUGCUAACCUUUGAAGCUUGUUAAAUUCUUUCUUUCUUUGUUUUGGAAAGGCUAAAAAGGGAACGCUGAGCAUCUAUCUUACUAUAGUCCUAUGUCCACCGUUUCAACAUGUGUUCAGUAGAGAGCUUGACAGGCCUGUUGUGCAUUGUUAAACGUUUUCAAGCUUUGAUCAUACAACAACUGUUCAGGAGUGGGGUUUAACAUAGGGUCCAUUAUUUUGCAAAUAUAGAGCAUUAUUGCUUGAUUAUGGCUCAGUUUUUCCUUGAAUCAUGGACACAGAAAAAUGUCUUACUGAUACAAUUAAAUGCAAAUGACUAGCCAAUACAGUACAAUCCUGUGCUUUAAUAACCACCACGUUCCUAAUGAGCCAUUUUAAAUUGUGGAUUACAAUUGUCUACACCAUGGAUUUCAUAAGGCACUCAUUAUUUUUGGCUUUAUUAUUAAAUGGCUUGAAUCAGGACGUCAGUGCUUUUGUUUCCUCGGAAAACUGGAUGUUUGAAUUUGCAUAAUGCAGACAGAACCACAGCCGAGAUGCUCCUUCAUUUUAUACAAACCACUUUUAAUUUAAUGCGUAAUGACAGCAGGGAAGCACCUUCAUAAAAGUAGCAGACUCUGACUUUAUUUACUAAUGUGAUGCCAUAUUUAAUCACCACAUCAGCCAAAUCAAACAGAAUUAGUUUCCUCCGCAACCUUUGCUGUCACACUCAAGCGUGACACGAAAGAUGCCGUUUCCCAGAAUUCUGCGUGAAGACUGUUUUUCUCAUCGCUGAGCUGUCCAUCAAUUCAUGUUUACAUUUUGACAUAAGAGAUCUGUAAUCAUAGCAUCGCCACAGACGUGUCAUACCCAGUGAUAGUUGUGAAUCUAUGUACAAAGAGAGAGCUAUAUUUAACCUUUGCAAUGGUUUGAUAGCAAGUGCACUUUAUUGACAACCUUGAAUAAACUUCUACAUGCUUUACAAAAAUCCAAACAGCUAUUUUUCUCGUUUUUAGUUUUUGCUUUAAACAUACACUGCUUCGUUCAGGCUGAAGGUCGCAUUGUGCACUUGUUGUUAAAACUGACCACGGCUGUCCAUCUUGACCAUUCGAGCAUUGUACGGUCUUCAAAGAGAACAAAAGAUGACAUUGCAAAGUGCUCUUUUUUUUGUCGCCGUGGCGCUGCACAGUAAACAGGCUGUCACCGUGAUUGACUCUAAUGAAAUGGGCUCCUUCAGGAUGCAGGGAUCGCCCUCAAAAAGCCACUAAGCAAAGCUGCGUAAGCAAUCUUCGGUAGCCGCCAUGCAUCAUGCAUCAUUUCUCAAUCCCCACCAUAACACAAACACACAGUGUAUGGUGAUGAGGCUUUAGCUUGUUUGCGUUUAGGGCCUUGUGUGUUUACCCAAAGGGUCAGCGGGAAUCAAUGGUGCAAAAAAAAAAGAAGUGUUGAGACGAAACCAUUCAAGAGCAAACACCGGGUUGGAAUUGUUUCAUGAGAUGGAUGGCACUGACUGGAGGUUUUACUUGAAGAUGAUCAGAAAUAUUUGUAUCUAUGUCAUUGUGUGUGACUAACUGUGUCUCUGAGAGUAUUAACUCUCCAUGUAUGCUGCUGUCAUGACUGAGAGUGUAUUCAGAGGUGAUCCAUAAACCCUAUAGAUCAUCACAAGUGCUGUCAACCUUCAAAACUAGCUGACUUGAACCUUUUUGUAUUUGAUUGCCCUUUACUGAGAUCCUGUGUAUGUGUGUGGAGGAGGAAGGUGUGUAAUGUGUGUGUGAGAGAAGAAGUGCUAUCAUUGUCUGCUCGUUGCUUUGACAUCCUCCAUGUGUUGGAGCUGAAUGUAAAAAGAUGUUUGACUUCACUGUGAAGAACAUGUUGUUUUGUUUAUCCUUCUGCACUUCUUUUGCUGAAUGUGUAACAAAGUACAGUAACUACUCCUUCAUCCGUGCCAAUACUACUGUAAUAUUUUUAUAUGUUGCUGACUGUACUGUAUGUAUCCCUAAGUAGCUUGUGUUCUAUGUAAAAAUAUAAAUACAAAUAUAUAGAGAGCAUAGUAUUAUUAUGAACAGAUAUGACGUUACAAUAAAAAUGUUCCUUUUGCAGUUA